UUCACAAUAAUAACCACUGAUGGCUUCCUUUUUUGACGCGGUAUAGUAGAUUUUUUGAGAGGUGUUUCUAACCAUGUAGCAACCUAGCUCACUUUUUACUCUGAAUAUCGACUGACUGGUAGCCAUGUUGCUCCCAUCUGUCGUCGCUCGGCUUGUUUUGGGGUACCUCCAAGAGGAGCGACUGUGCGCCACAACACAAGCUUUCAUCCACGAGUGCCCAAACUUGAAAGAGUAUGCCGAGCACUCCACGGAAGAUGGGGCUAUUCCCGCUUGUGUUUUUUCCAUCUUUGGGAAAGGCCUGACAACCAUCUUAAACGAGUAUGUAGCUGCCAAAACAAAAGAGUCUUGUCAUGAGGUACCUGCAGUGAUGACCUCUUUGUGGAAAAAGCUGGAUUUUACACUCAACCAGAUCAAGUCAUUGCAGAAUUCCCCUGCUAUAUCAGCAAAUCAAAGAAUACGUUCACGCAUUGGAGUGGCAAACAUGGCUAGCACGUUGGAAUGCUUCCGUUUUGGGUUGUCUUCGUCGGCUAACGGCCUGGUGAUCGGCGCUACUGUGAUGGAAGGCUUCUACGUGGUGUUCGACCGUGCCCAGCGGAGACUGGGCUUUGCGCUCAGCAGCUGUGCAGACGGACCAGCUCCCCAGUCUGCCAACUCCUCAAAGGGGACCGUCAAGCUCGGCUGA